GCGAUAAUCGUGUAAAUUGGAACCAUUAACGUGCAACUAGUCUGUUAAGUGGCCAACGAGCAAAAAUGGAUGCCCAUCGAGAAGCGAUUCAGAAACAAAUUCACCAAGACUGGGCCAACCGAGAGUACAUCGAGGUGAUAACGGCCAGCAUCAAGCGCAUCACGGACUUCCUGAACUCGUUCGACAUGUCCUGCCGGUCGCGGCUGGCGGUGCUGAACGAGAAGCUGACCACGCUGGAGCGAAGAAUCGAUUAUCUGGAAGCGUGCGUCACGAAAGGCGAAACGUUGCAAUAGUAGUAGCCAAUCAACAUCCCGUCCCCCGGAUGGGGGAACCAUAACAAACCUUCUUCUGCCCGAUCGUCGCCCGUGCUCGGCAAUGGAACCGUCGUCGCAGCAACCGGGUUGCGUUGUUGUAGACAACCCCAGCCGUGACCCGCGCGUGUGUUCAACGGGAUGCUGAUUUCAUAAAGGUUUAUCAAAGCAACCAAGGCAUGGGUGUCGACAGCGCAAAUAGUGAUAGAGAGUGAGAGCAUAUACUAGGGAAGGGAGAUAUCUCCAGCAAAGGGCAAGCGUGGAAUGGACAUUGGCUCGAUCCUUGCCGAUCGGACCCGUGCGCAAAGGGCAAACGAGCCUUUUGAUAGCGUUUAUUUAUACGUUCCGUGUAGCUUCAUACCGUUCUUUCUAGGUUAAUAGAUUUCGCAGCGCAAAAUAGGCAUUUCUACAUCCGCAAAAGUGGCGGGCGUUUUGGACAAAAACUAUUCAGUUCUCUCUGCCGUCAUCAUGUCACCUCCAGAAGCU